AUGACAUCAGGAGUUAAUACGGCUACAGAAGUAGCGAGUUCAGAGGUGCCACAAGUCAGUAUGGUAGGAGAUGCAACAAGUAAUACUGUUGCAAGCAAUGCGCAAGAGACAAAUCAAUUCCAGUUGCAAAAUGCUACAUUUCCACAACAAGUUUUACCAAUGCAACAUCAACAAGGAUUAGCAGUGGUUCUACGGCAACUGAGUGGACAAGAAGAUGUGCCUAGACUAACAUACAUACCACAGGGAACAACAGAAGUAGGUGUUCAAGGAACUAUGAGUGUAACAAUUAAUAAAGGCCCUGUUGGUACGGGAAUCAAUCAAGGUGCUGUUGGUGAAAAUGCAAGGCAGGCUGGUCAACAAAUACAAGCGACUAAUGACCGCCCCUUUAUAUUAUAUCAGAACCGAGUACCAGGAAAUAAUACUGCAGCUGCAAAUUUGGAUAAUCCACACAUACCUCAAGGCUCUGGUGUUGUGGUUGCUGAUCCGCAAAUUGUUCUACCUCAUCACACAUUGGAAGAGAAUAGAGAGGAACAACAGUGGAUGGAAUACGAAGCUGAUUAG